AUGGGCACAGAAAAGCUUGGUACUGCUAGCCGUAAAGGCCAUUCUGAUCCAACAAAGUUGAAGGAAACUGCACAAGACGUCCAGCGUUUAUCUCCUAGCGAGCUUAAGAGACGCCAGUUGGAAAUAAAGGAACUGAUGGAGAAAAUAAAAAUGCCAUCAGAUGCACAAUUGAUGCAAAUUGCAAUAGAUGACUUGAAUAAUUCCUCUCUACCUUUAGAAGAUCAUCAUCGUGCAUUGCAGGAGCUUUUGAUACUUGUUGAGCCAAUUGAUAAUGCAAUUGUGCCCAUGUCAUUUUUGUUUCAAGGAGCAAAAUUAGUUCCAAUUGUAGCAGUGUAG